CACAUGUCGCCAUCAAAGAGUUAUUUUGGCGAAAGGGGCAGGAACAGCCGCUCGCUCUCUCCUUCUCUCUCUCGCUCUCCUCUCUCUGCGACAUCGCCACCCAAUUCCACAGCCUUUGCAAUUCGAAAUUUGGUUUGUUCACAAUUUAUUCUUCCCCUCUAAUUAUAGAGAAGGAAAAGAAAGGCAAUUGUGAAGAUUUGAGAUGAAGAAAAGCAACAGUUCGAGGGUCAGGGGUCGUGUAAUAUGGGACGAAGCUAACCUAGUUGAAAUAGAGGCAAAUAAGCCUGUGAGACAAAAAAUCGACGAGCCUAAGACUCCGUACCAUCCUAUGGUCGAUGAAGAUGGCUCUCUAUCACCAGUGCGAGAUGGUGAGGAAAGAAUAGGUGGCUCUUCACAGGUUGAUGCUAUCUGGUCUGCUUUUGGCGAUGUUGCAUCUUCAAGUUCACAACAAUCUAGCACGAAUGGAGGUUGGACAUCUUCAGAAGAUGAGGCAGAUAACAUGGACCAAGAUGAUGCAGAUUCUGAUACAGAAAGAGCCAGAUUGAGUUUCAAGGAGCACAGGAGGGCACACUAUGAUGAGUUUCGAAAAGUAAAAGAAUUGAUGCAAAAGGGAUCCCUUUUUAAUGAAGAAGUUGAUGAGGAUGAUACGAGAGAUAAAAAAGAAGGCAGCUCAGAAUCUUUGACAGGUGGUAUGAGCGCAAUAGACAUUGAAGGCAGUGAGCCACCAAAAGCAUCUCCUCCACCAUCAGCAAACAAUGGGGCCUAGUUUGCUUGGAAGAGAGCUGUCUUCUUUUAUCUCGGUUCUUGUUUGCACAAUGAUUUGGAUAACCGGUGUGUUCAACAUGUGUAUGUUGUUUCGUUCUAACCUUGUGUCCUUAACAUGCCAGUUUUUUUGUUAUUGUAUAAUUAACCAGCUCUCCUUUUCCCCAACAUCUCUGGUGUUAACUUUGCUUAACGAUUUUCGUGAAUUCAUCGUCUAUGGACGUUCAGGAAAUGAUUACAUUUCAAGUAUGUUAUCUGUUUGUGCAUGUACAUUCACGUUGAGGUUGGUUAAAUAUGUCAAGCUGAGUUCACAAGUA